CUUCUUGAUAUUUGUGACAACUUCAUCGCCACAACGCCAGUAUUGAAGCAUUAGCGUUUCCAACAGUUGUGGUGAACCCUGCACUGCAUGAUGCUGUCCUCCUUUAUCAAAUUUCCGUCCAAGGCUGAAUUGUGAUGAUCGAACUCUGUUAACUGGCGCAUCACAACCGCCACUGCCAUUGUCGUUAAGAUUAUCACAUCGACGAGUUGACCGGGAAAACAACCAGAAUGGGGAGUGUUCUCGAGAAAAACUCCUCGCAAGUGAGAAAGCGUAUCGAAACGCACAAAUUUGAAGACGAAGGAGGGGAGGAAUACGAGGGUAGUGAAUUCAAUGGGUUCAACGACUAUUUCAGGCGCAAGAAGAUCAAGCUUCAAAACCUCGAUGCUGAAAUACGAGCCAACUCAGAUAAACCUCAAAUAUUCAAAGGGAUUGUUGCUCAUGUUACUGGAUAUACCCAACCACCAUUACAUGUUCUUCAUCGUGAGAUUGUGCAGCAUGGUGGUGGGUUUCUUCAAUACCUAGAUUCAAAAACAAUGGCGACUCACAUCGUUGCCUCGACGCUCCCCCCUAAGAAAUCUGUCGACUUCAGCCGGUACCGGAUCGUUAAACCGGCAUGGAUCAUAGAUUCUAUCAAGGCCGGGCAAAUUCUCCCGUGGUCUAACUAUCGGGUUCUGGACGAAGGACCAAGGCAAAAAGUUCUCAAGUUCGACGGUGGUAGCGGUCUGUCGCCGUCAACCCCUCGUUCGAAACAAGGCUACCGUGAACAAACAGAGAACAGUUUCUACGCGAACCAGUUUAAGGCAUCUUCUUUGCCUAGCCAGUCUCUAAGUCAAGUUGUUGAGAAGGCUCGGACCCCUCUUCGUCCUACAAAUGGUGCAGACACGACACCUCUAAUGGCAGAUGUCAAUAGUCUCUGCUUUAAGAAGCCAGCAACUCCCCCAGGUGUCUCUCCAAAGGAUCAACUAGUUGUGGCUUCACUGGAUUUAGAGGCAACUGAUGGCGAAAUGCUUGGACCUGAAACAGGAAUUCUUCCUGUGCCUGUAGCACAAUUCACACACCCAGACACUUCCAAGCCAAUGACAUCCGAGGAGCAUAAUGCAAUGCUAUUGUCCGAUCCCAGGCUAAGGAAGUCCUCAACGGCCAACCCGGAUUUCCUUAGACAGUUUUAUUCUGAAAGUCGACUACAUCAUCUCUCAACAUGGAAAGCCGAGCUGAAAUCGAAGAUGCAACGGCUUGCUACAGAAAAGGGUCAAUCUUGUCAAAAAGCCAAGAAGCGACUUGGCGCGAGACGAUACGUCAUGCAUGUUGACUUUGACAGCUUCUUCUGUGCGGUUUCAUUGAAGAAAAAUCCCGAGUAUAUCGAUAAGCCAGCUGUUGUCGCGCACAGCACAGGGUCAGGGUCGGAAAUUGCAAGCUGCAACUAUCCUGCACGAGAAUUUGGCGUCAAGAAUGGGAUGUGGAUGAAAUCGGCACUUGAAAUGUGUCCCGAACUGAAGGUACUGCCCUAUGAUUUUCCUGCAUACGAAGAAGCGAGCCGUCUAUUUUACGAAUCAAUCCUAGACAUUGGCGGCCUGGUGCAGAGUGUGAGUAUUGAUGAGGCUCUAGUCGACAUAACGCCAAUCGUUUUGACAAAUUCCAACUCGGAGGGCACGGGCUCUGAUGCCGAAAACACGGCUCGGGAGCAUGACAUGGCAGACAAGCUUGCAAAGGAUCUUCGCGACAAGGUCAAAUCUCUGACAGGUUGCCAUGUUUCGGUCGGCAUUGGAGCAAACAUUUUACAAGCCAAAGUGGCGCUUCGGAAAGCGAAACCUGCAGGUCAAUAUCAACUGAAAUCUGAAAAUGUCUUGCAUAUAAUGGGGGAUCUCAAAGUUGAUCAGCUUCCUGGAGUUGCCCGGAGUAUCGGUGGGAAGCUUGAGGACAUUGGUGUUACUCACGUUAAAGACCUGCGAGAAGUUUCGAAAGAGCGUCUCACGUCAAUUCUUGGACCUAAAACAGGCGAGAAACUCCGGGAAUAUGCUCGUGGUAUUGAUCGCUCAGAAGUUGGAGAGCAACCACCUCGAAAAUCCGUCUCGGCGGAAGUUAACUGGGGCAUCCGAUUCAUCAGCCAGCUGGAAGCAGAAGAAUUCGUCUGUAAUUUGUGCAAGGAACUUGAGAAAAGACUCUCGAAUGAAAAUGUCAAAGGACGUCAGUUAACGAUGAAGAUCAUGAGAAGAGCGAUAGACGCUCCUCUGGACCCUCCAAAAUCAUUAGGACACGGCAAAUGCGACACGUUCAACAAGAGCAUUACCUUCGGGGUGGCCACCAAUGAUGGGCAAGCAAUCGGCAAGGAGGCCGUUAAUAUACUACGGUCUUAUAAAUUCAGCCCGGGUGAUUUGCGUGGGCUGGGAGUACAAAUGACGAAGCUGGAACCUGUCAAAAUCAACUUUGCGGCCCCUGAUGGUAGCCAGAAAAAGUUGGCUUUCGGGACUUUUACAAAACCGUCACCAGCCAGGGAAGCUUCCUCAACGGAGCAAAUUGACGAAAUCGAGAGCCCUGGAAAACAGAGGCAGACACCGAGCCGUGAAAUUUGUCAGGAUCCUAUCGCUGAUGAUCCAUUGACACCUCGAAAGCAAAAGAUCCAUCCUGCUAUGGCAUUGACCAAGGCCAGCGACGAUGACGUGAAAGCAAAGACGCAUCUCAAUAUUUCUGGAACCCAGUUCAUCAUUCCUAGUAACGCGGACGCCACCAUCCUUGCAGAGCUUCCCAACACCAUUCGCCGUAAACUGAUGGCUCAAGGGUCACGAAUGUCAGAUAUCCACGUCGAGUCUCCUAUAACCGAAUCAAGAUCCCAGAGCCCCAUGCCAUCUGACGCAUGCCCAACUCAAGUUGAUCCGGAGGUCUUCAAUGCGUUACCGGAUGAAAUGAAGACCGAGAUCCUGGCCACUUAUGGACGAAAAACCAGGCAAACGACACCUCUCAAGUCCCCACAUAAGGAUAGUGCAAUGGAAUCGAGGAAACCCCCUACUCCAUCGAAACGCGGUCGACCACGGGGGUUGUUUGGCAAAGCUCAGCGGCAACGGGAUGCCCAAGCUGGUCUUUUACAAACCAACUUCCGUUCGCUGAAUCAAGUUGGCGACGCCUUCGAGGAUGAAGAUAUUGAAGAGCUGGAUCCAGAAUUUCUCGCCGAGCUACCUGAAGAAAUGCGAAAAGAGGUCAUUGAGCAACAUAGAAAGCGUCAGAGAGCCAGAGAGACAAGCCUGGAGACACCUUUGCGUAGGAACAGCACGCCCAAUCCUGAAGGGUUAUUGCCAGGUGGCCAGUGUAGAAUCCAAUUUCCUGUAGUGCCACGCAAGAUCUCAUUUUCUACCUCAGGAGUUACCUCAACGCGGGAGAUUAAAGAUAUGAUAGAUGCUUGGCAUUCAGAAACAAGAAGGUUGGGCCCGCACCGCCGGGACUUAGCGGUUCUGGAAGAUUUUCUAGUGAAGGUCAUCCAGGAAGAACGCGAUUUGGAAAAAGCAACCAAGUUGGUCAAGUGGUUGGAUGUGAUAGUUGAACAGGAUGGUAGAAAAGGGCGAGGACAGGAGGUUUGGCGACGAUCGGUGGAAGCUAUCAAAGUGAUUGUGCAAGAUGCUGUAAAGCAACUAGGCAUGGCUCCAUUGAAACUCUGAAAACGUUGGUUGCACACAGGAAACUCUGACACCAUAGAUUAUAAUCAUAUACCCCCUUUUCAUUUAA